GAUGGCCAGUCCGACAUUUUGUACACUUUCUGGACAGCAGUGACUCAAACUCUGGCCUCAGAAUUUCAGAAAGCGUCUGAGACUUCCAUGUUUCUGAAGCAGGCGUUCGAAGGCGAAUAUCCCAAAUUACUGAGGCUGUAUAACGAUUUCUGGAAGCGCCUUCAACAAUACAGCGAAAGCAUUCAGAGAAACGUGAUUGCGAACAGCGGCGCCGAGCCCGUAUCCGAACUUCUACAAAUAGAUGACGACGCACAGGACUUAUUCAUGCAGAAGAAACAAGAUUAUGACCCGGAGAAAGCACUGAAAAGUUCCUUGCAACCUUACGAAGCCGCCUAUCUAUCGAAGUCGCUUUCGCGGCUCUUUGAUCCCAUCAACCUGGUAUUUCCUCCCGGAGGUCGCAACCCACCGUCGGCCGAUGAACUGGACAGCAUCAUCAAAAUCAUUGCAAGUUGUUCGGGUAGAUCCCUGCCUCCUUCGGGAAAGCCGGACGUCCCUUGCUCUCUGUACAUGAAGGAGUUACAGGGGUUCAUCUCCAGGGUGAUGAACGACUAUUUCAGGCACUUUGAAUGCUACGAUUUUGUCUACGAGAGGACCGAAGGCAUCGCUCAGAGGGCCAUUGAGGUCUUCAUCCGUAACGCCAGCCUCCUCCGGCCUCUCGGCGAAGGAGGGAAGAUGAGGCUGGCGGCCGACUUCGCUCAGAGACCAAUGCUCUUCCAGACCAGCGAACAUAUCUCCAACAGUCCAGCGGUGGGAGACAUCAUUCCGUACAGCACCGUCAUCCAGUUCUUAUUCACAAGGGCCCCACCCGAACUGAAAUCCCCUUUCCAGAGAGCAGACUGGACGAUUGCUCGUUACUCGCGGUGGCUAGAUGAUCAUCCGGCCGAGAAAGAGCGGCUCAUUUUAAUACGGGGGGCCCUGGAAGCUUAUGUUCAAUCUGUGAGAAGCAGAGAAGGCAAAGAAUUUGCCCCCGUCUACCCCGUCAUGGUGCAGCUGCUGCAGAGGGCGCUGACCCCUCUUCAGUAAAUGGGUUGUCUGCAAAAGAUUGGAAGCCCCGAGCAACACACACGGUUUAUACUCCUGAUUUCCUACGCGUAGCCUCUCUCUCAGUCCACAGCCUGUUUCAACUUUCGUCCUCCAAUGCAAUUCUGCAUCUCUCAAGCUUUUUUUUUCCCAAAUGGUAUUUUUAUAUUUUUUUGUGUGUUAAUUGAAAAUCAAAUGUUUCUAUUUGAAAAUGCUUUAUUUCUGCGCUGGUAAAACGAGCUAGUCCUAAAUUGACGAGGGGAAAAAAAAAUGCUUGGAUUUAAUGUUUUAAACUUUCGAGUUUAAAAA